GACUAAAGGUGAUUUAACUGGUCAAUUUACUUGUAAUACCUAUAAUGGAUCAAGUGUCGUGGAUUACGCUAUUGUUGCGCAGGAGUUAUUUCCACUCAUCAACAGUUUUACAGUAGACUACCCGACUGAGUUUUCUCACCAUUCUUGUUUAAAUUUCGUAAUGAGAAUCAAAACACCUAAAUAUCCGAAUGUCAAUAUGGAGGUAUUGAAUAAACCAAUAUCUUUUGUAUGGGAUGAGACUAAGAAACAAGAUCUUUAUGAUGUUAUGAGUUCUGAAGAUACUGUUAACAAAUUAGAGUCAUUAUUCUGUGAACAAAAUGAUGCAGAUAGCAGUUUAGUUGAUAUUGAUGUGAUUGUUAACAAUUUCUCUGAAAUAUUAUGUGAAUCAUCUCUGAAAAUACUAAAACGUAAAAAGCAAAUUAAUAAAAACAAGAACAAAAAACAAAGACAGAAAUGGUACGACGAAAACUGUCAUACGCUCAAAAAGAAUCUAAGAAAUUUGGGAAAAUUACUGACAAAGUAUCCCAAUGAUCCCUUUUUACGCCAUAAUUUCUUCGCAAAAAGAAAAGAAUAUAAAAAGUUAAUAAAGAAAAUGAAGAGAAAGUUUCAUAAUUCAUUGCUGGAGAAAAUUCAAAAUUUAUCUGAUAGAAAUCCUAAUGAAUUUUGGAAGGUAGUUAAUACAAUAAAGACAAACAAAUCUUCGGGAACCUGUAAUGAAAUAUCUCCAACCGAGUGGUUUGAUUAUUUUGAAAAUUUAAAUAGAUUCAAUGACCAUGGUGACAAGAAUAGUCAUGAAGUACAAAUUGUAAAAGACUAUAAUAUUUGGGCAGCGACAAAGAAUGAAACGCUUAACAAACCAAUUUCUUCUGUGGAAAUUUAUAAUUUAUCAAAAAAGUUAAAAAACAAAAAAGCUUCUUCAGUGGAUUCUUUAUCCAAUGAAAUAAUCAAAUUAGCAGUCAAAGCCUUACCAUUAUAUUUUGUCAAAAUUUUUAACACCAUUUUAUCAAAAGGAGUAUUUCCAUCAGCUUGGGCUAAUGGCUACAUUGUUCCAAUAUAUAAAUCGGGUAAUACGUUUGACCCUGGUAAUUAUAGAGGAAUAUGUAUCAGUAGUUGCUUGGGGAAAUUUUUCACUUUAAUAAUGAAUACUCGUUUAAAUGAAUUCCUGGAAGAAAAUAACGUAAUAAAUAAGUGUCAAAUUGGUUUUCGAAAACAUCAUUGA